CCACAUCGUCACUCUACCCGAGUUGGGCUCGUCGCUUGCAGCCGGAGGACGGGAACCAAUUCUAGGCGGCCGGAGUUUUUCUUUUUCCCCUCGCCGCUCCUUCGUCUUCCUUCCCUCCGCCCCGCCAACCGCUCCGAUCCUCGCGCCCGUCGCCCACACAUCACCCAGCGACGUCUGCAGCGGGCCGACCGCCGUCUUCUCCGACAACGCCAAGUCUUGCUUCGCCUGCAACCCACCCUCCUCAGGUAUCCCGCGAUGGGGAUCAGCAGGACUGAAGUGAGUCUGCUAAGGUUGCUUGAUUCGGCUCCGCGGCAGCAGAACCAGGCCAAGCUCGUUGAUGUAAGCACAGUAUGUCACCACAUCCCGGGAACUGUUAGAGCAGCUGGCAGCAGAAACUACGUCAGCAGGGAUAUCAAGAACAAUCAAAUUUUUGUGCUGAUGAAUGAGGUGACACUACCAAGGGUCCUUCUGGUAUGGCUUGGUUGAUGGAAUCGGGUGGCAAGUGAUGGAGGCGGGUUCGCCCUCCUUGAGGAGGCUCUGAACUGCCAGUUUAAGGGGAAUUGGAGUUUAAUUCUUGCUUAAUCUAAUCAAUCAGAUGAUGCUCAUUAUAUAGAGCCGGCACCUAACAAACUCUGCUAACAACUUGUCUCUAACCGAAGCUAACUUGAACUAACUUGAUUCUGAAGCAAAUAAUCUUAACUAACUAAAAUAAGGGAGAGGCUUAUCUCUAAACCUUCUCUGCUGAAGUUGUGGAUGCUGGGCCUGCCUUGCGUGGCUUCUUGCGAUGGUAAGUGUGGCCCACAAAGGCGUCCACAACACCUUCAUACCAAUAUUUCAAGCAAGGACUCAGCAAACAUGGUUGAAUGAUGCAUAACUAAUUAUGUUUUUCUAGUGCAAUCCAUUGACUCAAUGGUCCCCUGUAAAAUACUCUUUGUGUUCUUUCUUUGCUUGCCAAACUAAGGGACUACUUAUUUCAAAUUAUCAGUUUGUUACCUAUCAUAUUCUUAAGUUUUAACUAGGUUAGAUGUUUUCAUAGUACUUCUGUUUAUUUGAAUAUGCUUGCUCAAUCUACAAAGAUGAGAGAUUUGUGUCAACUCUAGAACUGUGUGUUUUAAUCUAUAUCAUUCAAUGGUGGCAUGCUUCUGGCUGAUCGAACUUUUCUAGCGUUUUCUUCAGCCUUUUAUUCAGAAGAAUCCAAAAUACUGAUUUGCUGAUCUGGCUUCCAUUGUAGUGAUAUUUACAUAUGCUAUUUUGAACAUUGCUUGUGUUGUUGCUGCGACUUUUACACAUCUGUUGAUGAGUGACUUCCCUUGGUUCAGUGUUUCAAAAGCCAAAUUGAAUGAGUAUUCAGACAAGAUUAAUAAACUUGCUGCAAGGCUUGCUCCUGAAGUGCCAGAUGAUGCAAAGGCAAUUAAUGAAAUCAAAGAAGAACACUCUCCUGAAGUGGAACAAGUAGGAAGCCCAGUUGCCUUAUCCUCAGGAUUAAGGAGGAGAUUGAUCAUUUCUCAAGUAGAGGCUGGACAAACUGUCAGUGAGAAACAAAGAGAUGUUGGAGCACCUAUUAGACUGGAUGCAACAGCUCAGGCUCACAUUGAGAAAUAUAGAAAGCUGCAAGAAGAUUUGACUGAUGAAAUGGUUGAAUUAGUACACCAACUGAAGGAGAGCAGCCUUAUGAUGAACCAAUCUGUGCAAGACACGGGGAAGAUACUUGAUUCAACAGAGAGGGCAGUGGAACAUAGCUUGGCAGGCACUGGCCGUGCAAAUGCACGUGCAGUGGAGGUGUAUUCUUUGACCUCCAAGACAACAUGCUUCCAAUGGUUUCUGCUUUUCAUAAUGGCCUGCAUGUUUGUCAUGGUGGUUCUACUCAUACGGAUUACAUGAGGCCGUGAGGCUCACUCGAAAUGUACCAUACGGUUCAUGGUUUUAGUUGCUUGAACACGGUAACUUUAACAAUUAC